AGCCAGAACGAAGCUCUGGGGUUGCGUUUUCUGCUUUAAAAGUGGCACGACGAGGUUGGUUGGUUGGUUUCCCCCCUCAUUUUUCCCUAUGUUUUGUUGUUCCAUUUGUCCCCAAAAGGAUUCUUUUCUGCUCCUCCCCCCUCCCCAUCCAGGCCUUGGGAACAGCACUGGGUGCCCCACAGUUCUCUCUCCCUGUUCCCUCUGAAGGGAUGCAGUCUGAAUACAGACCAACAGAGAUUUAUCAAUUAAGCAGAGGGUCCGUGGGGCUUAAAGAAGAUUUGACCCAUGCAAAGAGAGCAGCAUCAGCAUCAGGGGGAAAGGGGGAGGGAUGCAGGACACAGCAGGGCCCUGCUGGGGUGAUAUUAUUUUCCUGCUGCAAUUGCAACUCUCUGAAGACAAAAUGCAACGGGAAUAAACCUUACCUUGCUCUGUUCACCCAGGAAAUAAAAGAUGCUCUGCUCUCUUUCCCCAUGCUAAUCAGUGACCAAAAAUUGCUGUGUCUCCCUGUCCCGUCGCAGUGUUGAAACUGCUGGCAUCCAUCCCCAUCGCAGGGCUGUGAGCCGAGUGUGAGCUCUCUGCCUCCCCCCCACCAGCAAACCGUGCGUGGCUGCAAAGGACCUCAGGGGUCUUUUCUGUUGGGAAGCCAGGGAGCUCAAUUUGAGUGGCACUUUCCUCUGUCCAUCUGUCUGUCUGCAGGGAGAGGCUCCAAAUGAGCUCCAUGUGAGCGCUGCUGCUUUUUCUUUGCUCCAAGGUGCCAUUUGUUCCCUUUGCAAAAGCAUCGCAGCUAGAAAUCUCCUUGAAAGCCUUGGGGUUAUUUGCAGUGGAAAGCAAGGAGCUGCUGGCUCUGGUUGCUGUUAUUUUUCCUGGUGGCCGUUACUAUGGAAAGGAAACUCAAUUUGGUGUGAGGAGAGGUCAGAAAUAGCAGACUGAGCAUUUCGUGCACGUUCAGUUUGAAAUCCCAGCUGCUGGAACCCGAGUGGGGAGAAGCAAAGGCAGCAGCAGGGGGGUCGUGGGGUUUCCUGAGGGGCUUGUGUGAAAUUUUGCAGUCAUUUGCUAACGCCUGGCCCUAUAGGGCCUCUCCUCACUCUGCUGAUGUUUAUCUGUGAUGUGCCUGUGCUGCCAGGAGGAAAAGCAGCUCCCCUCAAUUACACUGGGGGGUGGGCGCUGCUCUGCACCAGAAACUUUUCACCCACCAUCUUUCUUUGGGAUCCAAGGAAAUACAGCCCCAAGGAAACGAUCGCUGCCUUUCCCCUCCUAUUUCUCUCAUUUUUUUUUUGCCUCUUUUUCCCCAUCUUGACCAAAGCCCCCAUCCUUGCAGGUGGGGAUGCUCCGUGGGAUCUCCUCCAUAUCCUCACAGCAGAGCCGUUCCCUGGGACGCCGCGGUUUCCCCACGCCGAGCCCCAUCCUCACUGCUGUGCUGUGUCAUCUCUCCCUGCUCCUUCUUUCACAGUGCCGACAGAUCCGAGCUGGAGCUGCUGACUCCUGCGUGGAGCUGUGAUUCCUUCCCAGGCCACUUUUCCCAAGCUGUAGGACAGCCGAGGGUGAAUCUUGCAUGGCACUGAGGCUCAGCUCUGCAUGAGCUGCUGAGGCAGACGUGGAUCUGCAGGAUGAGCAGAGCUGCAGGCAGAGCCUAGGUGCCCCAUCAGCAGCAGGUGGGUGCUGACACCAUGGAGGUGGCCAACACCAGGGAUUUCCAAUGGAAGACCCUCGCCCCGCUGCCCAGCCGCCGGGUCUAUUCCACGCUGGUGGAAGUGGGUGGGCAGGUGUUUGCCAUCGGGGGCUGCGAUGACAACGGUGUCCCCAUGGAUUGCUUUGAGGUCUAUUCCCCCGAGGCUGACCAAUGGACGUCGCUGCCCCCCAUGCCCACUGCCAGGGCCGGGGUGGCUGUGGCCACGUUGGGCAAAAGGAUCAUGGUGAUCGGGGGUGUGGGGGCCAACCAAGCGCCUCUGAAGAUCGUGGAGAUGUACAACGUGGAUGAAGGCAAGUGGAAGAAGAGGAAUUCGCUGAGGGAGGCGGCCAUGGGCAUCUCGGUGACGGCAAAAGACUACAGAGUGUAUGCAGCUGGUGGGAUGGGAGCUGACCUACGACCACACAACUACCUGCAGCACUACGACAUGCUGAAGGACAUCUGGGUGUCCCUGGCAGCCAUGCCCACAGCACGGUAUGCUGCCACCUCCUUCCUGAGGGGCACCAAGAUCUACGUGCUGGGGGGAAGGCAAUCCAAGUACGCCAUCAACGCCUUCGAGGUCUUUGACACGGAGACCAGAUCGUGGACCAAGUUUCCCAAUAUCCCCAAUAAAAGAGCUUUCUCCAGCUUCGUGCCCACCGAAGACAAACUGUUCAGCCUUGGGGGCCUGCGGCAGGGCCGGCUCUACAGGCAGCCCAAGUUCAUGAGGACUGUGGAUGUGUUUGACUUUGAGCAAGGUGGCUGGAUGAAGAUGGAGCGCUCCUUCUACCUGAAGAAACGGCGAGCAGACUUUGUGGCUGGCUACCUGAAAAGCAGAGUCGUCGUGGCUGGGGGACUGGGAAACCAGCCGACCGUCCUGGAGUCUGCAGAAGCUUUCCACCCUGAGAAGAACAAAUGGGAGAGCUUGCCCCCCAUGCCCACCCCACGCUGUGCCUGCUCCAGCAUCGUGCUCAGGGGCUGCCUGCUGCUAGCAGUCGGUGGGGUGAGCCAGGGGUUGAGCAGCGCGGUGGAAGCCCUCUGCCUUUCUGAUUCCUAGCAGGGGCCCUGUGGUCCCCUCUGGUCUCCUACAGAGCUGCUGGGGGGGAAACCCAGAGGAAGGGACUGUUUGCAGUGUUUGCGCUGUGUGUCCUGCCAGCAGGAAGGGCUCUGCAGGGUGAGAUGAGGGUGAGCAUCUCCCUGCUGCCCCCAGAACCCAGCACAGGUUUGGAGGGAUCAGCCAGGUGAGAGUCGGAGUGGGAAGAGCAGAAGCGAUGCCCUCUUUGGGUGCUCUGAGAUCCGUGUUUUCUCUUUGGUGUGCAGGAAGGGAAACUCCAAAUCUGCAUCCAGGUGCAGGAGAUUGUUCUUUUGCCUUUGUAGCAAGGCUUUUCCUGCAGGCCCAUAGCUGUGACUGUCACUUUGCCAGGAGCUGGAGCAAGGAGCUGCCCGUGCUCCUGGGAGGGGAG